CAUUGAUACCAGCAGUGGUAUUGAUACUACCAAUAAUCAAAUUGAUUUAAUAAAUGUAAAAAUGAGCAUGCACCAGCAUUUUGGAUACUGGAUUUAAUAAACUGGUCUUUAUUAUCAAUGCUGCAGCAGGAUGUAAAAUGCAAAUUGGGACAGCUUACGCUGAGAGGUACAAUCAAGUAGCUGGGAUAAUGCACAGGAACAUCUGAGUUGCAUAUGGACUUGAAGUCCCUAAGUCCCAAUGGGAGACACCAACAAAGGUGGUUGAGAACAACAGGGCUAAUGUCCUGUGGGACUUCCAGUUUCAGACAGACAAGCAGCAGCUGGCCAAGCAACCACCACAGUGGUGGCUGACAAGGAAGCGAAGACUGAGGUUGUGAUAGAUGUGGCAAUCCCAGUGGACAACAACAUCAGAAAGAAGGAGCAUGAGAAAAUAGAGAUGUACAAGGGACUGUAGCAACAGCGGGAUGUGGAAGGUAAAGUCCAAAGUGGUCCCAGUGGUAAAGGAAGCAUUAGAAGCUAUAAAUCUGAAAUUGGAAGACUGGCUCCAGCAGAUUUCAGCACAACAUCAGAGGUGUUUGUCCAGAAGAUUGCAGACAUAGGAACACCUAAGAUACUGCUCAACACCCUCAAACUAUCAGGCCUCUGGAAGAGAGCCAAAGCUUAAGAUUCACAUGCAUACUAUCCCUUCUAAGGGGUGGUUAUUUAUUUAUUUAUUUUUUUCAUUUUUAUAUGGGAGGGUAACAAUUACCGGGAAGUGUAACUUAGGAUAAAGAGCGUGACGUUUUAGUUUAAUAACAGUGACGUGUAUGCUGUGUUUCAUCAAGUUAUUUUCAGGUUUUGCAGUUCAUAUGAUUGGGACCUUUUAUUGUUAUUCUGUUGUAGCAAUUUUAAAAUACACUGACCUACUGAAUAUGCUGUACAUAUUAUUAGAAGUAUAUUUUAGGUUAUCAUUGUCAGUUUUUUGAAGGUUUGCUGUAUAUUUCCAGUUUUCAGCUGAAAAUAACUGCUUUCCAACAAGUUUUGGGUACUGUCCUCAUAAUCACAUUUUAAUAUCAUCAGCAAUAUUCAUGUGUUUUGCAAAAGAGAAAAAACUGCAACUCUGAAUUACUGUGAAUAAAAAGAGGAACUGUAAGUUAACACAAGAACUUCACAACUUUUCCAGCACAAUGCAACUGACCACAAGGCAUGACAGCUGAUGAUUUGGAAAACAGACAAUGACAAACAACUUCACAAUGAGUGACCAUGGACUGAGUGAUGUUGCAUUUCUUUGUGAGACUGACUUUCCAACUUUUACUAGCCCUUUCUUCAUCUUGAUCUUCAUCAUCAGUCUCAUAGGCAACAGCCUCCUCUUAUGUGUUCUCUUCAUCUACGAGAAACUGAAAAGUAUCACAAAUAUUUUCAUCCUGAACCUGGUCUGCUCUGAUUUGAUCUUCACCAUCACACUUCCAUUCUGGGCCAUUGAUCAUUUACACCACUGGGUCUUUGGGGACUUUGCCUGCAAAUUUCUGACUGCUGCAUUCUUUGUUGGGCUGUACAGCAGUGUCAUUCUACUGACUGCCAUGACAGUGGAUCGUUUCAUUCUCGUGGUGCUGCACAACUGGCCAAGCAACCAAGUUAAAAGGAAGAGGUGUGGAGUUGGUGUCUGUAUAGCUGCCUGGGUCAUCAGCAUCUCGGCAUCCCUGAGCGAUGCUAUGAUAGUAAAAGUAGUAGACUGGGAAAAUGUUACCUAUUGCGGGCCUGAAUUUGAAGACAAGCUUGGACGUUAUCUCCAAGUGUCACUGCUAUUCUUCCUCCCAUUUGCCAUCAUUAUUUUUUGCUAUUCUGCCAUCCUCAAGACAGUUUUACAAGGUUUAAACAGAAAGAAGCACAAGACUGUAGCUGUGCUGUUGUGUAUUGUUGCAGCCUUUUUCUUUUGCUGGGGGCCAUACCAUAUUGUGCUUUUAAUUAAAUCUCUUUAUAAACCGAUAGGUUGUAAGGCAGAGGAACGGUUAGCAGUUGCCUACCAUAUUUGUGAAAUGCUUGCCUAUUCUCACUGCUGUAUGAACCCUCUGCUAUGUAUGCUCUCACAGAAGAUGCGUAAGCAUCUGUUUCAUCUUUUAUGCUGUAAAAAACUGUGCAGGAAGAAAAGAGAGGAAGACACUGGCCAGAACACUUCUGUUACUCGUAAUGUAGCUUUCACAACUGUGAGUUCUGCUGUUCAGUUGGAACUGCAUCCAUUAAACAUACACAGUUGAAAUUAAACACCAAUUGAGUCUGUAACUAUUUUUAUUUGAUUUGACAUCUUUUAUAUAUUCACCUGAAAUUAUUUUUUAAUGUGUAAAGUCAAAGAUUUAUGUGUGUAAAGAUGUGUAUUUCACCGCUUUAAUCAGCUGUGCCUGUAAAAAAGAAAAUGUUGCUAGAAUCGGUUGAAGCUAUUUUCUCUUCUCUGUUCUUAUGGUAUGCCAGGAUAGACUGGGUUGGAAAAGAAAUGCACUGACAGAAGAUUUUUGUGAUGGCUGAUAGAGUCAGACUGGUCAAGUAUGAGUGCAAUAACACAACCAUGGAGAGACUCAUUGAGCAGUACCUAAAGUCACAUGGAG